AUGAAUUUCAGAAGUGAAUCACCCCCUCCAACUUCUCCACUACAUGAACAUCUCCAUCCUCCACAAUACUUUGCAUGGAUUCCUGCCAUCUGUACCUACAAACGCUUCCCUCGAUAUGUGGCUGCAGUUCUAGGAUUAAUAUUUUUCUUACUAUGGACAUCCUUUGUAUUGUUUAAUACAAAUAAGCAAAGCCAGGCAAUAAAUCCUUUAGCGAGCACAAUACAAGAAAUCGAUGGAUCAUGGCGAUCACCUCAUCUACAAGGUAACACCAGCAAUCUUAUUAAUAAUCUCAUUCUGAUCAUUCUCGUAGAUCCUAAUGGGAAAAGUGCAACCGAAAAUGGAACACAGCUUCCCUUUUUACAAGCUCUACAAACAUUCUCUGUCCAAGGCCACAGCGCACCAGCAUUACUAACUCUAACUGCCCAGGUUACGCCUACACCAGCAUCAAUCACUGCCGUACUUACGAUCAAUUCAACAAAUUCUCUUACAUCCCAAAUCAACUCCAUUCUUGCUCAGACAGUUCAUGUAGACCACAUCUGGAUUACCGCACCAUCAUCAAUCGUACCAGCUGUUCAAAACGAGGUCGAUAAUUACUCUUCUGGUGUGUCCAUCAUGGUUUUUUCUGUAGAUCCCUCUACAAGCUUUCCACCCGGUAGUGCUGGACACACCCCUUGGUUGAGUGUUUUAUCCGAUAUCAAAACCGACUACACAUGGGUAGUCCAGCAAGAUGCCACACUCGACACACGUGCUCUAGCAUGGGUAUACAAUGUCCUCCAGACAGAUAUUUACCAGAAUGCUUUGGUCGGCACCCAGGGAAGUCUUUUGCCUGUACAUAAAGAUCGUUCUUCUUCCUUGUCCUGUGUUCCUGACCAGGCACGAUCGCUCGAUCGUACUCAGGCAGUAGACAUGAUUCACGGCUCAUGGCUUUUACGUCACUCCUGGAUUCCUGCCCUUGCUGCUUCCGUUCAUCCAGACACACUUGGAUUCCCUCUCGAUUACCACAUCAGUCAAUCUCUUUUGCACAGUGCUGCCAUUCCAUCAAUUGUUUUACCAGAUCCUUACCAUACAUCAGAUAACUCCCAGACAUGCGAGCACAUCCUGACAGAGUUUGAGUCGGAAAAUCUGUGGAGAAAAUCGCUUGGUCAGCGUAUGCAUCUGCUCGAUCAAUAUACCCAGCAAACAGUUCUAUUCUUAGUCGACGGUCCCAUUCAAGCCGCAGCCCUUCAACCUUUAAUCUGCCGCUUCCCUGACGUGGUCCAUGUUGCUGUAACCGGCAAAGCAGGCCAGUUAUCAGGCGAAACACUCGCUGAAACACUUGCCAAAGACGGGUGUUCCGCGACUGUCCACGAUCUUAAUGUCGAUCACACGGAUAGGCUGUCGAUUGAUCUCACCACCCGAUUGGCUCGCUAUAUGUCUUUGCUUCGUCCGCGAGUAGUGCUACAUGUGAGAGAUACAAUUUUUGACGAGAACCUUCAGAUUCUCGAACGUGUAGAUAAGACCACCGUCAUUAGCCUUCCUUCGCUUGAGAUUGAGCAUGCUCUCUGGAUCGCUGACCUUUCGCUCGAAGCCUUACAACAAUGGCAUAAAAUUCAGAUGGAUAUUAUCAUCAUCACCGACAGACGUUCUCAAUCACUGCACCGUCUUCUUGAAUCCGCAAAUGACGCCAAUUAUCUCGGAGACCAAGUCGGCCUGGUUAUACACAUGGAACAAACAGCAGAUGAAACAACUCAUGAGCUUGUCAAUGAUUAUACUUGGAGACAGGGAUCCAAGACUUUGCGCCAUCGCAUCCAGAAAGGCGGACUUAUGCCCGCUAUCGUCGAAUCUUGGUACCCAAAUAACAACCACAAUUAUGCCGUCUUGCUCGAGGACGAUAUUGAAGUCUCUCCUCUAUUCUAUUGCUGGGCUAAAUAUACUAUUCUCAAGUAUCGUUAUGAACAAUCUAGCCCUCACUUGUACGGAAUCAGUCUUUAUUCUCCCACAACCCUCGAACUUCUACCCGAGGGACGACGUCCGUUCCAUCUCCAGGAAGCUAUUGCCGGUUAUCCUGCCAACAUUCCAUACCUAAGCCAGGUACCCUGUAGUUGGGGUGCUGUUUAUUUCCCUGAGCAUUGGCGUGAAUUUCACAGUUAUUUGACUGGCAGACUCGAAGAUCUCGCUCUCCCUGUCAGUCAAUACAACAUUACUGUGCCCAACUGCCGCUCCGAACAUUGGUCUAAAUCAUGGAAAAAGUAUUACAUUGAGCUGGCUUAUUUGCGUGCAUAUGUAAUGCUAUAUCCGAACUACAAAGAUUUUGAAUCGUUUUCAACCAAUCAUCUUGAAAUUGGUACCCACAUAAAAACAGUCAACAGCAAGUCCAAGCUUGAUUCAUUCCAAGUAUCUCUUAUGAUAAACGACACUCUUUUGGAGCAGCUACCUAACCACAGGUUGCCAAUCUAUGACUCUUUGCCUACACUCACGCUCUGGGGUAAAUUGAUGUCGCACGAAGAGAUGGACCAUAUUGCUGCAGAGUGGCACAAGUCAAUAUCUGCCUGCCCUCGAGAUCCUCUUUCAUAUGACACCCAAGAUAUCCUGUGUCCUUUUCCUGGGGGUCCUACUCCAAUUGUUCCAGUAUCUAUUUAUCGGAAGAAGCCAAAGACUACAAAAAGAGCUACAUCCACGCCAUCUGUAUCAUUGUCGCCAUAA